AUGUCAAACAUAGAAGGUGAUUUGAGGGAUGGUCUGUCUGCAAAAGAAAUAUUCGCGAAUAGCGAAGGACUUACCUACAAUGAUUUCCUGUUGCUUCCGGGAUAUAUAGAUUUUACUGCUGAAGAGGUAGAUCUGACUUCUCCUCUGACUAAGAAGAUAAAUAUCAAGGCUCCAUUGGUUUCGACGCCAAUGGACACUGUGACUGAAUCUGACAUGGCCAUAGCAAUGGCCCUUUGUGGUGGCAUCGGAAUUAUUCAUCACAACUGUACUCCCGAAUAUCAAGCAAAUGAAGUGCAUAAGGUGAAGAAAUACAAACAUGGCUUUAUCAGAGACCCUGUCUGCAUGGGACCGGACAAUACAGUUGCUGAUGUGUUAGAUGCGAAAAAGAAACAUGGUUUCACUGGCUUCCCCAUAACAGAAAAUGGAAAGCUUGGUGGUCGUCUCAUUGGCAUAGUAACAUCUAGAGAUAUUGAUUUUAGGGAAGGUUCACCAGAACUAAGUCUUAAAGAAGUAAUGACACCCAUUAAUGAAAUGAUAACAGCUCAGUCUGGUGUAACAUUGCAAGAUGCUAAUUACAUACUUGAGAAAAGUAAGAAAGGGAAACUGCCCAUCAUUAAUGGACAAGGUGAACUUGUAGCAUUAAUUGCAAGAACAGAUCUUAAAAAGGCAAGGAGUUACCCCAACGCUUCCAAAGAUUCCAACAAACAAUUGCUAGUAGGCGCAGCCAUUGGUACACGGGAUUCAGAUAAAGAACGCCUCGAUCUGCUUGUGAACAAUGGGGUAGAUGUCAUUGUUCUUGAUUCCUCUCAAGGUAACUCCAGUUUCCAAAUAGAUAUGAUCAAGCAUAUUAAAAAGACUUAUCCUGAAAUUCAAGUCAUCGGUGGUAAUGUGGUCACAAGGAUGCAGGCAAAGAACCUCAUUGAAGCUGGCGCUGAUGCACUGAGAGUGGGUAUGGGAAGUGGUUCUAUCUGUAUAACCCAAGAGGUUAUGGCAUGUGGCUGUCCUCAAGCUACAGCAGUCUACCAAGUUUCUUCUUAUGCGAGACAGUUUAAUGUCCCAGUAAUCGCAGAUGGAGGCAUACAAUCUGUUGGCCAUAUUGUCAAAUCUCUUGCCUUAGGUGCUUCAACUGUUAUGAUGGGAUCUCUGCUUGCUGGCACCUCUGAGGCUCCAGGGGACUACUUCUUCUCUGAUGGCGUAAGGCUUAAAAAAUACAGGGGUAUGGGCAGUUUAGAAGCCAUGGAGAACAAAGAGGGUAAGGGAUCAGCCAUGAGCCGUUACUUCCAUAAGAAAUCUGAUAAGCAUAGAGUAGCUCAAGGUGUGAGUGGUAGUAUAGUGGACAAGGGCUCUGUUCUUAGAUUCCUACCAUAUCUAAAGGCCGGUAUGCAACAUAGUUGCCAAGAUAUUGGUGCUCGCUCGGUAUCUAUGUUACGAGAAAUGAGUUACUCAGGAGAUCUGAGAUUUAUGAAGAGAACAUACUCAGCACAGCUGGAAGGGAAUGUACAUGGUUUAUUCUCAUAUGAAAAACGUCUGUUCUAA